CAAUUAUUACAUACUUCAUUGAUUUGAGCCAUAACUUGUGAGGGUAGUUUCUAGACACUUCCACCCUCUACUCGCCUUCUCUAUUCGCCUGAUUCUUCGAUUCCAUUCAUUGUUUUGCUUGUUAUAUUUUAGGAAAAUUUUGUAGAAUUACUCUGCUCCUACUUAUUGAUUUCUGAAUGACUUCUGUUCCUACUUUCAAUCAUCACUCUUGUUGAUUUUUGAGGUCCUCGAAGCAUCAUGGGAUGGUACAGAAGAUCAAAAGUUGGUGCUGAUGCUUUUCGAAGUUUCGCAUCAAAGUUUUCAUUCAGCAAUUCAAUUCAACGAACCAACCACGGCAAUUCUUUGGUACCAAACGCUUUAGGCAAACCUAGUCCAUCUGGGUCCUCAAGGAUUUUGAGAAAUUCGUGCUUUCAGUAUGGAAUCAAGCAAAAUCAGUACAGUGGCGCCUUUUUCGGUGGGGCUAGAAGAUAUUACUACGUUGAUCGACACCAAAUUCAGCAUUUUCGUCCAAGGGGUCCUCAUAGAUGGUUUCAGAAUCCAAGAAUUGUUCUUAUUGUUGUUUUGGUGGGUUCAGGAUUAGUGAUAACUGUUUAUAUGGGUAAUUUGGAGACUAUACCCUAUACUAAAAGAACCCAUUUUGUGCUUUUGUCUAAAGAUAUCGAGAAAAGGCUGGGUGAGUCUCAGUUUCAAGAGAUGAAAAAGUCAUUCAAAGGGAAAAUAUUGCCUGCUAUACACCCCGAAAGUGUUAGGGUGAGAUUGAUAGCUACAGAUAUAAUUGAAGCUUUACAAAGAGGAUUGCGAAAAGAGCAGGUAUGGACUGAUCUUCACUACGCAUCAGAUGCCGUGGAACCUCAUGAGACUAGUGGGCAUGAGACUUUGAUGGCAUUAAGUAAUAGUAACCCCGAGGCGAAUUGGAGUAAAGACGAUGAGAUUCUAGAUGACAGUUGGGUUCAGAAAAGUAGAAAGAAGGGACAGGAGAAGGGGUCAGAGUCUGCUACCGGGCAUAUCGAGGGAUUGCAGUGGGAGGUUUUGGUUGUAAAUGAUCCUGUUGUAAAUGCCUUCUGUUUGCCUGGUGGGAAGAUUGUAGUUUUCACAGGGUUGCUUGAACAUUUUAGGACAGAUGCUGAAAUUGCAACCAUCAUUGGGCAUGAGGUUGGGCAUGCUGUGGCUCGCCAUGCUGCUGAGGGAAUCACAAAAAACUUGUGGUUUGCUAUCAUUCAAUUGGUUCUUUAUCAAUUUGUGAUGCCUGAUGUUGUUAACACGAUGUCAGCCCUGUUCCUAAGGCUUCCAUUCUCACGCAGGAUGGAGAUGGAAGCAGAUUACAUAGGGCUGCUGCUGAUGGCUUCUGCUGGGUAUAACCCUCGUAUAGCUCCCUCAGUCUAUGAGAAGCUGGGCAAAAUUUCUGGGGAAUCAGCCUUGAGAGAUUAUCUGUCUACUCAUCCUUCUGGGAAGAAGAGAGCGCAGUUGUUGGCUCAGGCUAAAGUAAUGGAUGAAGCCCUUACAAUAUAUAGGGAAGUGCAGGCAGGCAAAGGGAUUGAGGGUUUCCUAUAGAGGAGAGGAUGAAAUGCACAGGCCAUGUAAGAGUAGGUAGCCGCCCAGAAUCCAGUUUUUUCGGAAGUUAUGCUCAUCUUUUCUUCACAUCUUGAUUGAUUUUCAUUUCAAGUUCCAGUAAGUGCAGAUUAAGCAAAGAAUUCUUCACAAAAUUUGUUCAAUAAGCAUACUUAUUUGUCUGUUGUAACCCUUUCAAAUCCCAUGCCGGGAAGCUUCUACAAAAUCUAGGAAGCAACUUGUAAAGCAACGUUCCAUCUUUUCAGGUGAAAUUGUGUUGUCGAUCAGCUACCAAACUUCGCAAGUUUAUCUGUCAUUUGAUUAUAUUUCCUUUUA